UAUCAGUAUUAGUGCCUACUAACAGUGCUUGUGCCCGGCAGAACCAUACACACAGCAUUGUUGAUAAGAGGCCAGCAUGACAGAGGGUGGAGGGGAAAAAGUGGACCACUCGACCAGCACAACCCCUACAUUUCAGCGCAAGUUUAUACAAAGGCAUGAACAGUCAGUUAGUGUCGGCAGUGAUGACUUCAUAUUGGUUGAAGACUUGGGACCUCAUCGGAAAAUCAGUGUUAAGGAAAAAGUGGACAACAUCAAACCAUGGGUGUCACAUAAGAUACAGAAGUCGAUGACAAAAAAGAAUCUGAAAAGGAGGUUCCCCAUCACUUGUUGGUUGCCCGGCUAUUCGUCCGAGGAUGCUGUAGGAGACUUGGUGGCAGGAGUCACUGUGGGCCUGACAGUAAUACCUCAGAGUCUGGCUUACUCCAACAUAGCCGGACUACCAGCACAGCAUGGUCUCUAUGGCUCCUUCCUUGGCGCGUUCAUGUACAUAUUCCUCGGUAGCUGUAAAGACGUCCCCAUGGGUCCCACAGCUAUAUGUUCCUUACUUACAUACACAACGUUGAAAAAUCUUGGACCAGCUUACGCAACUUUGCUGUGCUUUCUUUCCGGAGUUAUUCAACUGCUCAUGGGCAUUGCUGGGUUAGGUAUAAUCAUAGAUUUUAUUUCUGGACCGGUUUCAUCUGGAUUCACUUCAGCUGUUGCACUGCUUAUUUUAAUGUCUCAGGUGAAAGACAUUCUAGGAAUCAAAGCGGCUGGUUCAACGUUUGUGGAGAUGGCCAUAUCAAUAUACAAGGACAUUCACAAUACUAGGUUCUGGGAUACAUUUCUGGGUAUCAUCUGCAUAUUCUGCCUUCUUCUGUUGAGGCUUCUAAGUGACGUGAAAAUUGGACCAGACGAGUGGACCGGAGUUGCACGGACUCGCUACCAAAGAAUCUUCAAUAAGGUGGUAUGGAUGAUCGGUACUUCUAGAAAUUCGAUCCUUGUAAUAGUAGGAGGUAUUCUGGGGUUUUACCUUUACCAACCUGGUCUUCCUUUGAAAGAACAGGCAGUCUUACUAAUUGGUCAUAUUCCCCCGGGACUUCCUACCAUUGAGCCGCCUCCAUUCUCCGUAACAAAGGGUAACGUGACUUACGGUUUUGUCGACAUGGUCACCCAGAUGGGUCAAGGAGUUAUUGUCACUCCGUUAAUCGCUUUGCUUGAGAACAUUGCGAUCUGUAAGGCUUUUGCCAAUGGCAAGACUGUAGAUGCUACACAGGAGUUGAUAGCCGUUGGUCUCUGUAACAUUGGAAACUCCUUCUGUCACAGUUUUCCCGGUUCCGGCUCUCUGUCCAGGAGUGCUGUCAACAACUCCAGUGGCGUUAGGACUCCUCUUGGAGGGCUCUACACCGGUAUCCUAGUGAUAGUUUCCCUGAUGUUUUGCACUCCCUACUUCUUCUUCAUCCCCAAGACAGUUCUUGCAGCAGUCAUCGUAGCAGCUGUGGUGUUCAUGGUUGAGGUCAGAGUGGUCAAGCCUAUCUACAGGUCAAAAAAGAGUGAUUUGAUUCCUGGCAUCGCCACUUUCAUAGCCUGCCUCGUGUUGAAGCUGGAGGUCGGAAUACUCAUAGGGAUUGGUCUCAACCUCAUCAGCAUUCUCUACCACGCAGCCCGGCCCAAGAUAUCCAUGGAGAUUAUGAAGAGCCGAGGAGGCGUCGAGUAUCUACUACUCACUCCUGACCGUUGUCUAAUCUUUCCCUCCGUGGACUAUGUGAGCAAUCUGGUGACAAAACACAGCAUCAAGCAAGGCAUCCCUGUGGUCAUCGACUGCUCUCAUAUCUAUGGAGCGGACUUCACUGCGGCCAAGGUAAUAGAAAUGUUGACCCAAGACUUUUCACGCAGAAGACAGCCAUUGUUCUUCUACAAUCUCAAACCAAGUGUUGUCGCAGUCUUUGAAGGCAUCAAACCUAAAGACUUUGUAGUCUAUUAUAAUGAACAUCAACUGGACAACCUUCUUCUACAGCAUACAGCCAACCUGAGAAAAAUGGCAAACCUGAGGGACUUUAAAGUAUGACGAUAGAAUUUUUGAAAUUCAACGUGUGCAUCCUAGCAACUUCCCUCUGAAGAAGAUCUCUGAAGAUCAAAAUCAUGUUUUAAACAGUUUUGUGGAUUAGAAAUAUCUUAUAUAUAAUAAAACCAAUUUGCACCUACUAGGAAAACUGUCGGUGCAUGACAACUUGCAAUAUUUUCCUACAUUUUAGAAAGCCAGUCAUAGCAAUCAAUUAAGCAAGUACUUUAAAAAUCUAUAGUUUGCAUAAAAUGUUAAACUAAUCGGUACAAACAAAAUAUUUUCUCGAGCUGAUUAAAAUCUGAGUGAAACAUAAAAGUAAGUUUUGAUUCAAUUUUGAAUAAUCAUAUCGAUUAAAAUUGAAUUCAAAAUUCAAGCCUUACGUUAAGAUAAAGAUAGAAUAGAUAAAAGACACUGUGAUAAUGUUUUAUGGAAGCAUUUCUUAUAGAAUUCUAUGUAACAAUACUUAUGCUUACACCCUAGUUUGUAGAAAACAAAUUGUAUUUAAUGUACAAUAACGAAGAUGAAACAUCAAACUUUAAUUAAAUUACAAAUCAACAAAUAAAAAGGUCAAGUACCUGUUGUACCGUCAAUUAUCAGUUUUUUGUCUAGCGACUAAGGUUUUGAAUUUAAAGGUUCAUUUUCAAGCUGAAGUCCACCAAGUGGUUGAACAAAAUCCUCUUCAUCCAUGGUUGUGAAGAGUCGUAAUAUACACCUAACACUUGCACAAAAACACAAACUUAGCCAAAUUGUACAGGUACUGAUAGUCUGUGGUGUGGUCGGCAGAAGAUGACGAUGACGUUUUUCAACUAGUUGGUCUACUUCAGCUUCUAAAUUAAACUUUAGGUUCAUAACAAAACCUUGGUUGCUAGAAAAAAGACAGAUAAUGGACAGAACAAUAAAUAUUUUAUUUAACCUUCUUAUUUGUAAAAAAUAUUGCCCAAAGGCUAAACAUGUUCAAUAAAUAAAUACAGUUAUACAAUUGGGAAACUGUGAACAUAUUAGAAAAUAUCCAUAAAUAGGAGCAUUUUUUUUACUUUUGAAAGUGAUAGUAUUAUUCUAUUUUGUCCUAAUACUAAAAAAACAAGUAUUUAAUAAGCUGUUUAUACUAAUAAGGUAGGCUAUUAAAAUAGAUUCUAUUUUAGAUUUUAAAUGUGUUUAAAAGAGUAAAAUGUUGUCCUGUAAAUAAAUGUA